AUGGGGGUCUUCAGACUGAGUCUACUGCUGGUGGCCGCCCUGCUGAUGUGCCACGCCCACCCUGCCACCGAUAAAUCACUCUCACUGGAGGACACAGACCUGGACAACGAACCUGGUGAGAGUGUGAAGGAAUCCCAGGUGCAAAAGCGAUCCGGCAGCUUCGACUAUGUGGCGCACCUGAAGUCCGGCCUGCUGUCCGGAAUUGGCCAGGCCUCCGCCUCAAUCGCCUCCGGCAGUUCCGGCGGAAGCAGCGGGGGCGGGGACAGCUACAAGUCCCACGAGAUUGUUGUCCAUGGCAACUCGGUGGACUACGACCCCUGGUCGUUCAAGAAGUCCGUGCUGAACACCAUCUUUCAGGCGGUCAAGGCCAUCACCGGCGGGGUCACCGCACUCAAGGGUCAGCUGAUCAAGGGCAGCGGCUAUGCGUUGAGUGCGGGCGGCAACCUGGUGGCCGCCGGUGGGGACAAGGUCACCGACGUGGGCAAGUCCAUCAUCAACUCGGCGCACAUCAACUCGCACACCUACGCCACUAGUCACUCCUCCGGCGGCGGCGGUCUGUUCGCCAAGCUGACCUCCUUGUCGGGCGCCUCCUCCGGCGGCAGCAGCGGUCACAAGACGGUCUGCCCUGGACCCGUCCUGCACCACGAAACGAUCACCACGUACGAAAUACCCACCGGCCACGCCAGCUAUGGACCCCCCUCGAAGCCGCCCUCCUACAGCAGCGCCACCCACCAGUACCUCCCGCCGGUGGGCGGGGCCAGCUACAGCGGCGGAGCGCCCUUCAGCGUGAGCCACCCGGCGGCCUUCGAGUCGCCGCCCAGCAACUACCUGCCAUCGGCCUAUGGACAAGAUGCAACAAGUGCAAAUAGCAAUGACUUUAACAUCUAUGGACGCCACGCAAAGUUGUCGGAUGAGGAGGCUCGAAAGGCGGCUCUGCAGCUCCAGGAGAUCCUCAGCAUGCUGCCCAAUGGAAAAACUGAGUAUACGGCCUCGAAAACGGGCUUGGACACAGGUGCACCCACGGGAACGGGUUUGGAACAGGCGGAGAUUUAUAAUAGCUAUGGUUUACCUUUACCCAACAACCUGGGCACCUUGGAGUCCCUUUCGCACACGGAAUCCAUAACUGCUGCCUAUAAUCCGGCCUCUAAGAAUCGCGAUGUUUACCACCAAAUGGCCAAGAGACCGUCUGCUGAGGAGCUCUACAUUCAGAAGCAUCCAAAUGAGGGUUAUGAUUAUCCACCACCUGGAGCAGCUGCACCACCGCCACCACCACCGCCGCCAGUUUCCGGGGACUAUAGGGUGGAGAACUAUCAUGCCUCGAAGAGCAAUGCCCUCAAGGAUCUGACGCCCAUUAUAGCCGCCUUGGAGGUGGCCAAGAAGGGUAAUAGCCACGGAAGUGGACCCGUCUACUCCAUCGAGAAGCAGGUUCACAAGCAGUCACCGCACUUCCAGUAUCUACCGCCAGUGGUGCAGAAGUCCAAGUAUGUGUAUAGUGCACCACCAUCAUCGUACCACCCAGGACACAGCGGUGGUUACAAGGUGCGCCGCCAGGUGGCGCCAGGCGGCAAGCACGGGAAGCGCGUCUUCCGGCCGCAGGACUACGAGAUACAGGAUCUGAUGUUCAAUCGCCUGCUGGAGGUCUAACGGGAGAUCGCCUGUAGUCCUUAGCUUAUAGUCCUCUAAGUCAUGUCCAGCAUUUACCUAUAACUUAUUUAUGUUAUGUCGUUAUCGCAAUCUUUAAUCGUAAUUAAUAAUUUAUUGAGCUCCCCAGAAAAGGCUGGCAAUAAAGCAAGCCCCAGAAAUUGCA